AUGAGCGCACAGUUCAAACCUUCCUUUUUACCUAAUAAUGGCAUAAAUGUUGUUCACUCUUCUUAUAGAUAUCGUCGUUUGGUAAUAUCAGCUUCCAACAAUCGUCGACGAGAAAGAGAGUCCGGGAGAGGUUCGAAUCGUGAAGUCCCUCAAAGUGGCGAGUCCGCCCCUGACGAGUCGCUCUUCGAUACUGGCACAGAGAGUGCAGAUGAACCAGUCAAGAGUACUAAUUCUCUGUAUGAAAUUGAUUCACUCUCUAAAGAUCGUGUUAGCGUAAAAAUAACAGGAAAAGAUACUAUAAGAACAGAAGGAAUGGAAGUGGAAGAUAUUUUUGAGGGAGUGUUCUUUUCUCCUUUGAAUACUUUGCUUUCAGUUGACUAUCUCCUCCUAUUUGGCGUCGAUGGGGUUUUACCAGAAAUAAUAAAUGGUAGAUGCGCGAUGAUAGGUAUACUUUCAGGUUUCACAAACGAAAUAAUGAUGAAGAAGUCAUUGACUGAACAACUAUUAUUUAACGUGACUCACGGUGUCACGCCAGUAAUUGCUGUCACAGUAAUAUUGCUUUCUUUGAUGCCCUCGUUUCUAAUAGAUCAAAAUGAAUAUUUGCAGGAAUCUGGAUCACGAAACGAUCAAAUUGCCCAGAAAUGGUGUGGGCAAGGUGCAUUCCGUUACAAAUUUGAUGAUCGUUUCAGGGGAAAACGUGCAUAUGCAGUCGAUCCAGCAAUGUCGGAUUUGAAAUUUUUCCAAAUGAAAACACCUCUUGGUGACAUAGGAUUCGUCCCGUUUGCUGAAGUUGUGAAUGCUCGGUUUGCCAUGUUUACUCUCAUGGGCACCUUCCUCAUUGAGGGAUUCCUUGGCCAUGGUAUUCUAUCAUCUUAA